AUGCCAACCAUUUGGUUCAAUGAGAUUCCUGCUACCGCAUGGCGCUGCGUAAGUUUGCCACGCGUCGCCGCAGGCGUCCGUCACGAGUCUAGCUCGGAAAUCGGAGUGUACGGCCUACUGACCAACAGCUACUGCCUUGUCGCGCAAGGGCCCAACGAGAACUUCUAUAGCGUAUUCGAAGCGGAACUCGGCGCGGCGAUGCCGAUCACCAAAACGCUCAUCAACGGCACCUGCUGCAUCGGCAGCUGCUGCGUCGGCAACCGCUACGGGCUGCUCGUGCCGGACACGAUCAGCGACCAAGAGUACCUGAACAUCCGGAACGCGCUGCCCGACGAGAUCGUCGUGAAGAAAGUCACCGACCGCCUCAACGCGUUCGGCAAUACCAUCUCCUGCAACGACUACGUCGCGCUCUGCCACAUGGAGCUCGACAAAGAGACGCUCGAGAUACUCGAAGACGUGCUGCAGGUCGAGGCGUUCAAAGAAAGCAUCGGCGCCGAGCAACUCGUCGGCCAGUACUGCAAGUUCAACAACAUCGGCGGCGUGGUAACGCCGAAAGCCAGCGACGCGCAGCUCGAGUCGCUGAGCCAGCUGCUCGAGAUCCCACUGACGCGCGGGACGGUCAACCAAGGCUCCGACAAACUCGCGUCGAGCAUUCUCGUGAACGACUUUGCGCUUUUCGUCGGAGCCGACUCGCUCUUCGCAGAAGUCCGCACGCUCGAAAACAUCUUCGUGCUCAAGGAAACGCAAGCGUACGAAGUCUAG